GUCUUUCUUCAGAUGAUCGAUCUCUGUUUUUAACGGUAGCAAUGCUCAGGCGGACUGUACCAAAAAACAAAAACAAAAACAAACAAAACAUUUCUGUGUCUCCUGUUUCUAAAACUAUCAAAUACUGUGCACUUGGAUGAUCUCCGCAACUUUCAGAGCCAACUCUAUUCUUUUAAUCAUUAAUUAUAAGCUACGCUUAGCGUCUGUGAUUCUACAAGCCGUAUGGGUACAGGGAAAUGACAUGACAAAUCAUAUGAUGAGAGAUCAUUCACGUCCUUAACAGCUUGUUUAGCUCUCAAUCUAAAUGAAAAGCAUCUCUAUCACUACUGUGAUUCCAGAAACAAUGAAAUAGGUAGGCUCAGAACUGAGAGCCAGGUAUGGGUAAAGUAACCUCACAAAGAAUAGUCCCACCCUUUCUGCUAGCACUAGACUAACAUGGAUUCUGUGAGUUUUAUGGAGCAUUCGUAAUGUUCAAUUUUGAGAAGAGAUAAGAAAAGUGUGUGUUGACAUAUUUCAGGGCCAUCAAGAAAUGGGGACCUGGAUUUUGUUUGCCUGCCUCCUGGGAGCAGCCUUCGCUAUGCCCCUACCACCUCAUCCUGGGCACCCUGGUUAUAUCAACUUCAGCUAUGAGAACUUCUAUUUUCAGGCUAUGAAUAUUGGCAGGACUGCAUUAUUGAAUGUGCUUACUCCCAUUAAGUGGUACCAGAACAUGAUAAGGCAACCGUACCCUUCCUAUGGUUACGAACCCAUGGGUGGAUGGCUGCACCACCAAAUCAUUCCCGUGCUGUCCCAGCAGAAUCCCCCGAAUCACGCCCUACAGCCUCAUCACCACAUCCCCAUGGUGCCAGCUCAGCAGCCCGUGGCCCCCCAGCAACCAAUGAUGCCAGUUCCCGGCCAACACUCCAUGACUCCAACCCAACACCACCAGCCAAACCUCCUUCCGCCCGCCCAGCAGCCCUUCCAGCCCCAGCCCGUCCAGCCGCAACCUCACCAGCCCAUCCAGCCCAUCCAGCCCAUCCAGCCCAUCCAGCCCAUGCAGCCCAUGCAGCCCAUGCAGCCCAUCCAGCCCCAGCCACCCGUGCACCCCAUCCAGCCCCUGCCGCCUCAGCCACCUCUGCCUCCGCUGUUCCCCAUGCAGCCCCUGCCCCCCAUGCUUCCUGACCUGCCUCUGGAAGCUUGGCCAGCAACAGACAAGACCAAGCGGGAGGAAGUGGUGAGUAUAUCUUGAAGGCACU